UGUAUCCCGCACCGAAACACACACGCAAACGGCACCACCACCACCACCACCGUCCGGCGAGGUAGGGAGGCAGCGGCGCCAUGGGUUGCUAUCCUCCCCUGGCCAAGAUCGUGUCUAGAGCGCUCGGAAAAUGCAACGGCGGUGCGUGCCAAGUUCUUCGCUUUCACUUUCUUUACAUCUUCAGCUUCGCUUCUGAAUUCAUUCUUCUAGUUGGUAGCUCUCGUCCUCCUACUCCUAGACAGUAGAGGCCAGAGGGUGCGCUGUUGAGUGCCGAAGCUUGCAUGCAUGGCCCUCGGCUCUUGUGCCACCGCUCACCGCAUCGCCGUAAAUUAUAAUAUUGCAAAAUUCGUGAGUCGUGAAAAAAAAAUACGACUUGCUCACGUGCAGGGCGCGAGAGAUGGCGGGAAGGGAGGCUGGAGCUGGACUUUGAUCACGCCUUGGGCUGUCAGCCCACGGAGACCCACUACAUGCGGCCGGUGGCGCGCACGGUGACCUUCGCCAGCAACAACUCCAUCUACGUGACCCCACCGUCGCCGUCGCCACAACCGCAGCAGCAGAGCGCACCACCAGAGCCACAGCGACCCCAAACGCCGCCCCGGCACGAGCCCGAGCAGCACGACGGUGCACCCGAAUCCCAACCCCAAGCCGAGCAACCCGAGGCACCCGCGCAAACGGAAGACGCGCCGCCACAGGCCGCCGGCGCCGAGCCGAAGCCACCAAAGGGCCCAAACCCAAAGCGAGGCAAGAGCAAGAAGGGGCAGCCGGGCCGCGUCCGGUUCGGCCCCGAGCCUCCCUCUCCGCAGCAGGAGGAACGGCAAAAGCAGGAGCACGCGCAGGGGCAGGGGCCAGGCAACAGCAGCGAGAGCGAGAAAGCGCCGCCGCCGCCGGGUCAGGAGCCUCAUCAUCACGGCGCGGCGCCCGCGCCCGCGCAGGGGCAGGCGCAGGGAUACCUGAUCCGGUACACGCCGUCGCCGCUGCCGAGGUGGGAGGCGACGCCGCGGCGGCACGAGUACUUCUCCGGGGAGUACCGGAGCUACUACCCGACGCCGGUGCGCGAGGGCAUCUACCGCAUCGCCACCGACGCCAACAGGCUCACCACCAUCUUCAGCGAGGAGAAUCCCAACGCCUGCACCAUCGUCUGAGACUGAGAGCGACGGCCAGGAAGGAAUAACCCGUUGUUCCGUUCGGGCAACGGCUCGUCUUCCUUUUGGUUCUUGGUUGAUUGGUGAUGGAAUCAUUAGCCAAGAAUCCGGUUCUUCUUGUAGGGAGUGUUGUAGAUAAGAAAAAAGCAGGAAACUUUCGGUUCGGCCGGUAUGAUGAGAUGUAAACUUCCUUGUGCUGCUCUGCUGCUCGCCUUGGAUUGUCAAUUUGUCGUUGUCCUCUUACGUUUAAAGCAGCUACUUCCUUCCAAUAAUAAAUAAACUAGAAUUAGCAGCGCCCUAUAGGGCGCUAUAAAAUUCUCUGAUCCAGCA